AUGAUUAGCUUUUUUUUAUUUACUAUUUCAGUUUUCUGUAUUUUUUGUAUAAUUUACAGGCUUAUAAAAACUAAGAAAGCGAUACAGAGACAAUAUCCUAAGGGAGACUAUGUACUUAAAAUUUUGAUAAAUAAACAAAUAAAAAAUGAGAUCCAAAUGGUCCUAGAACUUAUGAAAGAAUGCUUUAUAAACUUGAUUACAAAGUUAUCAAAGGAAAAGGAUUUAUACAACAAAUGGAAGAAAGGUGGCGAGGCUAAGAUUGUUUUAUGUGGUUCAAGCGAAGAAAUAUUAUCAGCAUAUAAUAAUUCUAUAAAAAAAGGCAUACUAUGUGUCAAACAUAUUAGUAAAAAUAAUAUACCUGCACUAGUAAUUAUUGGUCCAGGAUUAAAGGCGAUUAUUAAUGAAUUUACAAAUGAUUUUAAGUUAUUGUAA